AUGUGUUAUGUUAAUUAUAAUAUUCCUAGGAGUAUGUAUAUGUCAUAUAAAACAAUUUUAGAAUGUGUAAUUAUUAUAUAAAUAUUUCAUUAUUUCAGCGUUACCAAUGAACCACUGUGAAAUUAAAAAAUUGAUUAAAGAUGGUAAUGUGCAAUGUUUGGAAGAAAAGUUACUGAAUGGCGAAGGGUAUAAAUUGAUUGGCCAGUAUUCAACGAAUCCUAAAAUCAAAACAUUUUUGCAAUCAGUUCCAAUAUACAUAGUAAAUAUACUUACAUAUAUUAUGACCAUUUACUAUACCCCAAAUGAAUUAAAUAUUUUAUUUUUGUUCCCUGAGUUAUAACGUAAGUACCUAGACAUUUAGGUUUUUUUUUUUUUAUCAAAUCCAUCGAUUUUCUACUUGGGUUUUAGGUGAAAUUGCUAUUAGUUUUUUUCAUUUAAAAUUCAUUUCAAACUUUUAAUUAUUUAUCUACCUAGGUACAAUAUUUUAAAACAACCGUUAAACAGAUAGUACCUAUCAACUUUUGAUUUUCAAAUAUCAACCUCCAAACAUGAUUAGUAAAAAUAAUCUUGUGUAUGGUUUAUGGUGUAUUAAACGAUUCUAUAAUGACUGAAAAAAACAAAAUCAACUAGACUCAAAAUCUUCGUAAAUAAUCAUUGACUCAUGAUAAAAAAAAUUACACUGUGUAUCGUAUAUCAACUGAACAAAACCUUUAUUGAUUUAGAGGAGUAUCGCGAUAGGUGUAACAAGGUGUUUUUAAGACCUUCACGAUUUUUACCUAACUACCUCUACAUGACUAUAUUUAAAUAUUUAAUAUAAUAAUUUUCUAUGAACUUGCUAGGUCCUAUAGGUACCUAUUAUAGUAUAUGUUAAGGUCAAUAAUCGUCCUAUAUUGCGCAGGACAGUUCUACAUUCCUUUGAUUUGUCCUACGUCCAAAAACGCUUUAAACUUUAUGUAAGAUAAUAUAAUUUUACAUUUCAAUUCGUAUACUUUACACUAUAUGAACAAAUAUCUUUUUAAAAAAUGUUUUUAUUAUUUUUAUUUUAUUGCGUUUUCUUUUCCUAGUAGGUAGAUAUGUUAUAAUUUUUUUUUUUUCUAACUAGUUUCUGAUUACAUUAUUAUUGUUAAUUAUAAUUUAUAUUUUGAAUCAUUAUAUUUUAAUAAAAUAUAUAAAUACCUACGUCUAUUAUCGAAAAUAAUUUUAAAAUGUACAUAAAGUCUAAACAAGCGUAGGUACCUAUACAUUUUGUUGAAUUUUUCCCGAAAAUAACUCAACUUGGGAAUGGGAGGAUAGUGUUUUGUUUAGCUUUGUACACCUCUACAGACUGGGAAGUCUAAUAAAGCCACGGGGAUGAUAUUUUGUAUUGGUAUGCAUGUUGUCAAUAUCAAAGAUGUAGGAGCUUAGAAAUAAAUGUAUUUAAUUGUAUUUUGUGUAUAAUGUAACAAUAAACACAUUAUAUCUAUUGUUACUACUUGAAUUAAAACCAUACGAAUAAAUAAAUAAAAUAUAUAAUGUACCUAUAUAAUAUUAUAUUUUGAUGUAAUAUUCUGAACGGAGUUCAGUUAAUAGUGUUGAUUUGUCAACAAUAUAUAUAUACCUACGCCAUAUUAUAAUAAAAUAGUAACGUUAUGCACUGUAUAUUUUCUUUAAUAAUAUGUGUUUAAUACUGUACCGCCUGUUUUUCCGAUUUUCCUACGUUUUUCCUAUUAAUUAAAACAACUUCUGGGAAAAUCAAAAAAUAACAUUCUCAAAGUACCACCCCAAUCAGAUUUCCUUUCAGAAAAAGUGCUAUACUUGUGAAUCGGAUCAAUAUUUCUGGUAAAAAAGUUGUUCACAGAUUAGAAAAAAACAAUAAACAUCAUUGUAAAACCAUAAGCUUCUUCGCUCCACUCAGAAUCUUAAAUAAAAUUUGAAAUUCGUACUACUAUGCAAUCCAUGUUAUAAUCUACAAGUAGAACAGUAAUGUCUCAUUAAGGAAAAAUGAUGAUAAUUAUGAUAAGUAACUCUUAUUAAUAAUAAAUAAUAUGUACUUACCUAUAAUAUUGACAAAUUAAAUUUACUAGUUAUAUUGUAUACCUAAUUAAAGUUUGGGUAAAAAUCAAUAAUUUUACACUUGUACCUGAUAUUUUAAUAACUAUCUCUGUGUUAAAACUUUGAACGCUGAAACCCAUUAAAUUUAAAGUUUUACAUUGUCUAUUUAUUUAUUUAUUUUUUUUCAUUUUAGGCCCGGAUUGACAUGCUACAAGAUUCUGCAUGUAAAGGAAACUUGAGGGAUAUGGAAGUAUUGUUAGAAAACGGAAAUUCAUCAAGAAAUAUUUAUAAAAUACCUCCAGUGAAAUUAGUGUGUAGCAAAGAUUUAAAUGGUGUAACAGUUUUGCACAAGGCUGUUUAUUAUGAUUUUUUGGAUAUUAUUGAGUGGCUAGUUAAAAAUUAUCCACAAACUGUCCACAUCAAAGACAAAGUACUUACAAAUUAUUAUUUAAAUAAAAUACAGACAUUGGUAACUAUUAUAUGUUCGCACGCAACUUAUUGAAACCUAUCAAUCAGGGGCCUAUGUAUAAAAUAUAGAUAUACAUUUUACAAAUCUCACAUUUUUGUUCAUUGGUAUGCACAAUAGGUGCUUUAAACCUAUCCACUAGCUAGGAAGAAGGGAUCCACCCACUCCUCAUUCAUAAAACUACCACAGCUAUCGAUAUUAAACUCUGAACGUAGCGAAAGAUGUAUUGAUUUACGAUAAUUUGUUUUUUUUUGUGUGUGAAUCUGUAUAAAAACACGACCAUAAAUCUUGCUUUAUUCCUAAAUUGCACAAAACUUCCUGGCAUUUUUAAGAUAUUUUGAAAUGUUCUACUUGUUUUCGUUUUUUUUUUUUUUUUUUUGUUCGAUUCUAUGUAGAUAACAUCUGUUUGGCUUUUUAAAAACAUUAAAAAUUUGGUACAAGUUUCAUCAUAAGUAGUACUUCAAGUAGUAAAUCAAAAGAACACAAUUGAGCAUCAUGUUGUGAUAUAUUUUUUUUAAAUUUUUAAAAAUAUUUUUUUAGAAAUAAAAAUUUAUGAUGAACUCAUUAAAAACACGAACAAUUAUGGUAAUUCAUUUUAUAGUUAUAAAUUAAUAACAUGUUUAGUUUAAAUUUAUUACACAAAUUUUAACUGAACUUCGCCCAGUAGGUACCUAAUAUUUUUAGAUUUAUCCUUGCGUACAGUGUAUAAAUUAAAUUGUACAUCUAUCAAGUAAAUUAUAAUAAUUAAAAUUGUUCAAUAUUUUUUACUCGAGGAAGUACUCUGUUUAAGUUUAACUAUAUUUCUAUUGUAUACCUACCAAAUGGUAAAUUUUUUUUUAAUUUUUAGACUUUGAGAAUUCCAUUACAUUAUAUAUGUUCUUGUUCGAACGUAUCACGUAUUUGGGAUUUAAUGCUAGAAGCUGGAGCCGAUCCCAAUGCAUUGGAUAUAAACAAUAAUACGCCAUCUUAUUAUUUAGAGUAUAGUGAGAAUAUUACAUUGCCAAAUAAUUUUAAAAAUGAUACAUUAGAACAAGGUGAAUCAAAUUUUGAUGGAUAUAAUUUAAUAGUAAAAUUAAUACGGUGACCACACACGAAAAAUAUUUUUCGCAAUAUUAUAUUUUUUAAACAUUCUAAAGAAAAACUUCAAUUUAAGUAUUUAAAAUUGUAUCUUAGUUUUAAAAUAUUAUAAUAUAAUAUGUAGGGUAAUCCAUUUAUUAUGAUUUAUCGAUUUUUUUUCGGAAGAUUUUUAGUGAAUUGGAAUUCUAUUGAUUUCAAUUAUUAUGGAAUCGUUUAAGUUUUACUCUAACAUUAUUUUAAAAUGUCUGCUCCUACUUCUUAUACCUUAAUUCACUAUUCAUUUUGGAUUUUUAUGUAUCCACCAUUUGAAACACAAAGAAAAUCUUUCUGAAAAUAAUUUACAUCAGUACAUCAUGUACAUCAUGCAUAACACAUUAGUGUUAUCACUCAUCAGACAAAUCGUUUAUGAGUUUUAACAGUUUAAAAUGUAGAUAGAGGGAAGGGUAAUUAACUUCAUACCCAUUUUUAGAUGAUAACAUUGAUAACCCUUCCCUACUCCUCUGGUCUAAAAUUUAAGUUGUUAUAACUCAUAAACAAUAAAUCUAAUAUUAAUUCAUAUCUAUUGCUUAGACAAAUAUUUGCUAUUUGAAAGGGGUGGGGCAAUCUUGCUAUAAGAAAAUCCAAAAUAUAUACUCAUAUAUAAGGAUGAGAAAUAAAACUUGAACGAUGCUAUAAUAGUGAAAAAAAAAAAAUUAAUUUAAAAUCAUCUGAGAAAAUGUGAGAAUCAUCAAAAAAAUCACCUGAUUUACAUUAGGCAAUUUCGUUAUCAUUUUUUUUCAUAAUACACAUUCAAAUAUAGAAUUAAUACUAUCAAAUAUUUGAGUAUAUACACAAUUAACUUAAAAUUAAUUGAUUAUUAUUUAUUUUUUAGAUAUUCCAAUAAAACCUUCUAAUAUACGAAUAUGGAUACAUGAUCGUAACAUAAAACAACUAGCAAAGGUUAUUUGGUCCGGAUUUGGGGAUAAAUUAUUGACAGAGACAAGCAAACAGGCAACAGUCAACAAAUUUUUGAAAGCAGUACCCUAUAUAAUGGUAUAUUUUUAAUCCAUCUUCGCGUUGUUUUUUUUAAUAUUACGUAUUUAUUACUUUUUCAUUUGCAAAGGGUAUUAUUAAAGAAAUUCACAAAGCUGUUAUUGAAGAUAAUCUUGCAUUAUUAAAAAAACUUAACCGUGAACCUGUACCUGUGGAAAUAUUAGCAAGUAAAGACCAGAAUGGAUUAACUCCAUUGCAUAAGGUUCAUAAUUAAUUUGUUUUUACAAUUGAUUUGAAAAUAUUAAUUUCAAACAAAUUUUAGGCAGUAGGCCUGGGCAGACUUAGUAUUGUUGAUUAUAUAAUAUCUAAGAAUUCUAAAACAGUAAAUAUCAGGGAUAGCGAUGGUAGAACACCUUUACAUUACGCCUUUAUCGUAGAGCCGGAUAACAUUACACCUAUUUAUAACAAACUUGUUAAAGCUGGAGCAAAUGAAAAUUUAAUCGAUAAGGUUUGUUUUUAUUCAUUUAAUUACUAUCUCUAAUCAUUAUAACACGUUGGUUUGUUUAUUGUAUUAAUCGUAUGUUUCUACUUAACAGAUGAUUAAUGUUAAGCAAUUAGUAUAAGAUAAUUUAUUGGUGCUCAGUGCUCAAUGAAUUAACGAAUAUGUAUAAUUUAUCCAUCAUAUUUUGGCACCAUUAUAAAAACUAUUUUUAUUAUUUAUAUACGAAAAAUACAAAAUUCAUAUUUUUGUAUUCUCAUACGUAAUGAAGAACAGGUAAAAAUCACUUAAAGGGGAUCUAUGGAAGAAAAUGACCGUCUAAUAUCAAACUUGGCUGUCUAUUUGUGAAAUACAGUAAUCGUCUGUAUUAUGAAAUGUAUUAUUAAAUUUGAAAUCAUUUUUAUCAUGUACAUACCUAGUCGUAAUCGUAUAUAAAAUUUAUUGUAAUUUACGUUCAAAUUCUAAGUUAAAAGAAAUUCCUAAUAUGGCUAUAAAAAUAAGAAGGGAUAUUUCUGUAAUAUUCAGCUCAACUUAAUGCAAUACAUUUCGAAAACAAUUUGCAACUCCUUAAUAGACGAUGAAAAAAAAAAAUCUGACUUGUAGGCUUUAAACAGUUCUUUCAGUAGAAGUGGACGUUAUUAUGAAAAAAGUUGCCUUUUAGCCACAAAGUAGCUCAUUUUCCUUUUUAGUUCUUAUUGUCGAUUACCUAGUAAGGGAUAUUAUAAGGUUCUAGAUCUCACCUUUUCUCGGCAAUAAAUAAACACUUUGGUGAUAGACACUUUAAGGUCGACGUCAAUGUACUUUCAAGUAAGACACAUCGGGGUGUAAGAAAAAAUGCUACCACAGUUAUGCCUAAAAAAAAAAUAUUUGAAAAUAAUGAUGACUUUGCGAAAAUAGUAUAAACGCUAUCUAUGAGUUUAAAAGUUUAUUGGUUUUUAUAAAAAUCGGAAAAUAUCGGGUAUAGUACGAAGGUUACUUUGCCUAAUGUUGACGAGAACAAGCGGACCCGAGAAAUAUGAUAUUUAAAACUCUGUCAAUUAAUAAUGGGAGUAAACUAUGAACUAGAUGUAAACACAGAACAUUGCCCAAUUAUACACCAGAAAUCACUUUGGUGAUAUUUGCCCAUCUUCUCUAAUAUCUCUCAAUGUGGUGUUAGGUGUACUAAAAGGAGGUGGAAGUGGUCAAGACGGAGGUGGCAAGAAUACAAAAGAUGUUGAAAAAGGGUAUAAAUGUGAUAGGAAUGUAUAAAAGUGUAAAUAGUCUAACAUUUCGUGCAAUUAAAGUGCCAUGGAGGCAUGUUUUGUAAAAAUAAAUAAUUAUAAAAAGACAGAUUUGAAUGUAUGCAAAUUAAAAAUUGUAAUAUUUGAAUUUAUAUUUAUUUAUAAUCUUAAAAUUCCAGUUUUAUUAUAAAAAGUCAUAGAUAUUAUAAUAAUUUUUAUGACAUUAUCCACAAUGUAUUGGCUAAUGUCAAUAAAAUUAAAUUUUCAAAGCUAUAACAUAAAAGUUCCAAUUAUAUAUUUAUUAUGAAGGUUAUUUUAAAAAAGACGUCCUUGGAUAAUGGGGUCGUAAAUUUCCAGUUUUUCUUACGUUUUAUCUUGGUUUUAACCAGAUAUUAUGAAAACCGCUAGGAAAAUCAACAAAUGACUUCCUAAAAGUACCAUCUAGACAUCAUUCCCUUUCAGAAAUGGUACCGUGCGUAUACAUCUGAGCAAGAUUUCUAGAAGAAUUUUUGUACAUAGAAUAAAAAAAAAAAAUAUUUAACAAAAAUACUUUUUUUUAUGUGUUUAAUAUUAUUUAAAAAUAAAAAUUAUUUGAUGUACAUUUUGAAUAUUAUAAAAUUAAUUUUUUUUUUUUCAUCAAAUAUUAUAAACAUGAAACUUAUUUGUAUUUCAGAAGGGAAAAACUCCCAAAGGUGAUGGUACAAAAAUAAAUGAUAUACCAAUUAAUUUAUUAACUAUACUACCUAAAGCGCCAAGAAUCGCAUCAGAGUUCCCAGCUUCUUGGGAUUGGAAUAUUUUAUAUGAAGCUGAUGAGAAAGAAAAGUCGGUUAUAAAGUCAAAACCAAAGGUUAUUACAUUUAUUCAAGUGCCUACAUAUAAUUCAAAUUUUUAUAAAUUUAAAGUUAAAUUUAUUAAAAUUUGUCUACCAUAAACCUAUUAAUCUAUAUAUGGAUCUUUUUUCAUCCCCGUAUAUUCUGUUGUGAGUUAAUAUAGAAGAGAAAAAUAUAGUAUACACUUUUUAGUUUCUAUCUUUCCCACUCACUCGAUUUCUCCUAAUGUUUUCUCUGUCUAGGAUCUACACAUAGAUUAAUUGGUCCAUGGAAUUUAUACAAUUUUAAAUUUAAAUUUAGGAGUCUGAAACACAAGCAAAUUUAACAACAAGUACAACAAAACCAACUAAUACUAAUGGUACCGAAAAUAUUAAUCGUGUACAGGAUAUUGAUAAUAUUGAAAAUUCCAACAAUGUUGAAAACGUCGAUAUUAAUAAUGAUUACGUUUUAAAUAGUGAAAAUAAGAAGACCAACAAUCUUAAAUUGAGAGAUGAAAAUUAUAUUUCUCUGUACAAUCAACGAGAGGUACAAGAAAUUAAUGAUAAUAUUGAUAAUGUCGAUAAUAGUAAUAUUAAAGAAAGUAAUAAUCCUAAUAAUAAAGAUACAAAUUAUACUACUUUGUACACUCAAUCAGAAUUACAAGACAUUAACGAUAAUAUUCAUCGUAGUAAAAAUGAAGAAAACGAUGAUCAUAAAAAUAGAGAUACAAAUUAUACUUCUUUAAACACUCAAACAGAAUUACAAGACAUUGCCAAUAUUGUUGAUCUUAGUAAAAAUGAAGAAAACAAUGAUCAUAAAAAGAGGGAUACAAAUUAUACAUCUUUAAACACUCAGAUAGAAUUAGAAGACAUUGACAAUAAUUUUGACCACAAAAGUAAGGAUGAAGAAAACCAUGAUCGUAAAAAGAGAGAUACAAAUUAUACUUCUUCGAAAACUCAAUCAGAAUUACAAGGCAUUGAUAAUAAAAUUGACUACAUACAUAAUAGUGAAAAUAAAGAAAAUAAUGAUCCAAAAAAUAUAAACAAAAAUUACAACUCAUCAUACACUAAAUCAGAACUGCAAGAUAUCGAAGACAUAAACAACGGAAUUUCAAAAUCGAGCAGUUUUACUUUGGGAGAGGUUAGACAAGCGUUCAAUAAUGGAUUGUUAGAUGAUAUGUUACCUUUGUGUGGUCCAGUAUACAGAGUUAAUGGUUUAAAAGAUACAGAAAACGUAGCACUUUUUGAUAAAAAUGAAACAACAUCUAGAGAAACACAGGUAAAAUUAUAACUUAAUAAUCAAUGUGGGUGAAAAAAAAUGUACCUAUACCAUAAACAGCAUAACAACACACAUACUUUAUUCAAAACAUAAAAAGUCCACUAGUGUUCUCAUAAAAUGUUUUGAGAAUAUACUGUAACACCCAAUUCUGUAUUUUAUUUAUGGAUUAUACUUUUAGUAAGAAAAUAAUUAUAUAAAAUAUAAAUUAAAAUUAUUUUACAAUAAACAUUUCUAAAAAUAAAGUACUGUAUAUUGAAAGAAAAUUUUGAAAUUUUCAGUUAAAAUAAUUACUGAAAUAAAUACAAUUUUUAUUACUGUUUCAGUUUUAGUGAUAUGAACGGUUCAUGAAAAUUAUAUACUAAAACGGAUUUUUUUUUUUUAGCUAUUUGAGAGUAUACACAGUUCAUCCGUAAUUUUUCAACAAAAUGUUCAGAGUAUACGGCGCAUAAUAUUAUUUAGUAUACCCUGUGGGAACACCACUGUUAACAAAACAUUUUAAACAUACUACUCGUUUAACGUUUUAUUAUGAUUAUUGGGUUUUUCUAAGGUUUCAACAUUUCAUGUUUUUAAUAGUGUUUUUGUUUGUUUUUUUACGUGUUAUAAAUUACGCAUGAGAAUAGGGGUUUUAAAAAAAAUUAUUAUUAUGAUUAAAUCCACUAUUUCUAUUGUAUUGAAGACGGUUAGCUCAGAAAUGAAAUUCAUUUUUUAUUCUGGCUUUUUAAUUCAUCACAAAUUGAAUUUAAAAAUCAAUAAAUUUAAAAGCACUAAAAACGCGGGUAUCUCUAUUGGCGGGUAUCAAAUAUGUCUUACUCGGUUUUUGGUUUAGUGGGUACCACCAUGAUUUUAAAUAGUACUUGCCACUGUGAUUGAAAUCACACCUUAUCAUGUAUCUCAGAUUGAUAACGUUAUUAACACAUCCUUAUCAGUAUACUAACCUUAGUAUGUCUGAUGUUUGAUAAAACACAUUUAAAUUCGCGCCAAAACUGAUCAAUUUAAGCUAGGUAAAUUUAAAAAAAAACAUAAGUCUUAAAAUAAUGAAAAAAAGCUAAUUUUUCAAUCAGAAAAACUAUAGAAUUAAGGAAAAAUCUUGACAACCCCCAUUACUGAAGAAAUAAGGAAUCAAAAAUAAAUAAAUAUGAUUCAGUUAAAACAUCUUAGUUCUAAUUAUCUAUUAAAUAAAUAAAUAAAUCUAUUUAAGAUAAUUGUUUAUUCUAUCAAAAUAAAAUGCAUUUAAAAUAAUACCUAACUAUAGGUAGGUAUUUAAUAUAAUUUUAGAAAUUUGCUACUGAAACAAAAAAAAAAACGAUCCUUAAAUAGUUAAAUUCAUCUAUAUUAAAUCGUAUUAAAAAUAUUAACAUAUGUUUUAUACACUUUAGGAACCUAAAAAUUCAGCACAUAUUAUAGUGAACAAAGGAAGUUUAGAUAAAAUUGCUGAUUACAUUUUGGAUGGUAAACACGAAAAACUCGCAGGUAUAAAAUCAGACACGCCAGCAGUUCAGGAUUUUCUUGAUAAAAUACCAUUUUAUGUAGUAUGUAUUUAUUAUUUUAAAUAUAAUUAUUUAUUCGUUUGACUGAAGUAUAAGUUAAUUGUUAGACAUUAUUCUUUAAUACUAAAAAUAUGGUAGUGAUGUUUUACUUGUAUAUUGACUCACGUAGAUGGAGGUUGUAUGCAUAUAGAAUUUAUAUCCCCAAUAGAAACUUUUUUAGCUGGGCACAAUUUGCUUUUUUAUAUAACUCGUAUCGAAAAAUAUUCCUUACACAAAUGUUAUCAGAUUUUGUAUUAAUAUUAUUUAAAAACCUAUUUACCCACUAUCGUCUGUAUUUAAUAGCAUAACUAAAGAGUUAGUAGUUAAUAUUUGGAGCAUUGUCAUGUAAUACCAACCUAACAAAAAAUAUCUCCUUAGAAAAAGCACGCAUCGCUAUAAAACGAAUAGUUUCUUUGUUUCACUCGAAAUCUGAAAAAUGCAUAUAUCUUCUAAUACAUAUUUGGAUACGAAAUUCUGAGAAUUUUGAUAUAAAAUAUAAUUAUAACAUUUGUAUUAGAUGUAAUAAUUUUAUUUUUGAAAGUAUAAUAUAAAAAUAAGUAUCGUGAUGAAAAUAAUUAUUAUUAUUUUGAUUUUUAGAACAAAAUUGACCAGAUUCAUCGUUACUGUGCAAUUGGAGACUUGGAUGGAUUAAUUCAAGUUUUAGAUCGAAAAAAAUUUUGUUUAGCUCGCGAGUCUAAAAGUGGUUUAGGUUUAACUCCUUUACAUACAGCAGCUUUAUAUGAACAGUUGGACAUUUUUGAAUAUUUAACAACUAAGUUUCCAGAAACAUUAAAAUUGAAUGAUUUUUAUGGACGUACUGCAAUGGACUAUGCAAAAUCUAUGCCAGAUAACACAUUUCUAGACAAAUUGUUGAAUAUAGAAAGUAUUUUUGGGGUACGUUCACUUUUUACAUUUAUCAUCUGCUUAUUAUUUUUUUCAUCUUUACUAACUGCAGAAACUCAAUAUUAUCAUGCCACAUAAAAAAAUAUAAGGUGAUUUAUUUUGUACAUAACGAUAAAUCAUUGCUAACGAAAACCGAUUCUGAGUGAAGUUCGGUUAAAUAUUUAUGCUGAUAAACUUCAAUUAAAAAUGUUAUUAUAUAGUAUAUUUAUUUAUAACUACAAAAUAAAUUAUAAUUGGCCGGGUUUUUUUGUCUCAAUUGUUGAAGCAUUUUUAUAGAGCCAAAAAAGUUAUAUCCACAUAUAUUAGAAAAUAGUACGUGAAACAUUCAAUGAUACUUACGAUUCUCAUAAAAAUGUUAAUUUUAUGCUUGACAAGUUUUAUUGAUUAUAAGUCAGUGGUAAGUAGUUCAAUACAAUAAUUCAUAAGUCAGUAAGUUAGAAGUAAAAAAAGUUAAUCAUUCUGUAUAAAACAUAGGUAUAAUUACCUAUACAUCAUAUGUAUUUUUUGUAGCAUAAUUUUUGUUCACAAGCAUUUAAAGUUCAAAUUUCGAUGGAAAUUGCAAGAUUUCACACUAAAGUAAGAGUACACAGCAUUUGUGUAUUAUUUUCCGUUUUAUGUGAAUUCAACUUUUUUGACUCCAUAUAAAUGCUCAAAAUGUUGAGACAAAAAACUCUGAAAAUAGUAACAUAUUUUGUGGUUAUAAAAUAAUGUAAUAACAUUUUCAAUUGAAGUUUAUCAAUAAACAUGUUUAACCGAACUUCAUUUAGAAUCGUUUUUUGUUAAUAAUUAUUUUAUUUAUCGUUGCAUACUGAUAUAAAUUAAAUAGCUUUUUUUAUGAAUCCACCUUUUCAUAUUCCCACCUACAGCAGUGUCAUACCCAUAGUGUAAAGUUUUAUAACCUUUUAAUGUUUGAAUUUAAUAUUUAAAAAAAGUAUUUCCAUAGUCCUAGCGUGUUAUUUUUAUUCUAAUGCUAUCUACUCAAUUACCUACCGCUGUCAACUAAAAAGUGAUUGGAUUAGUUUUACAUUUAAUAGUCAUAUAUUAACCAUUGUUGUUAGUGUGUAUCCAUAGUAAUAGUAAUGAAAUAUUCAUAGGAAUUUCAAACUGAUUAUCGUACACCGCUAAAUUUUGGAAAAAAUAGUGUCACAUUCAAACCAAAGGAGAUACAAAAAGCUUUAGGCUACGUUACUGAACCUGCUGACGAAGAAUUAAGUGAUUUGGAUAUGGACAGUAAUAUUAAAACAAAUAUUUUUCAUAACAAGUAAUCGUUUCUAAUUUCUCUUUUUUUCUUUUCAGGAUCUUCAAAUAAUUCUGGGAAACUGCUUUCAUCAGUUAUCAGUGCAAGUAGAUUUUCCGUCGAAGACAGAGAAUAUUUAAAUAAAGGUAAUUUACAUUUAUAAUUUGGACAUUAAAAAUAAUAAUAUAAUAUAGUGUAAUAUAAAAAAAAAAAAAUGAACCGCUUUAAAAAUUAAUUAUAAUUAAUUUUUUUUUGUUUUAUGUGUAUGACGUGUUAUAAAACAGCGGUUAUCAAACGGUGCUCUAUAGAGCCCCAGAGGGCUUUUCUUGAAUGACCUAUAGGGGUUAUUAUAAGUCGAAAUUGGCAUAUUAUAAUGUCUUAGUAUUACUUGAAUCGAACCGUCUAAAGAUAAGUAACAAUUCAAUGUUUAUACUGUAAAUAUUAUUUUCUAACUAAACAUCAAUGUCCGAAUUCAAAUUCCGGUUUCUGGGAUCCGUAGACUUUUUUAGCAACUCUUAAUAAACAAAAUAAAAGUUUGACAACCGUUGUAAUUAAGUAACAGCAUAAGACUGUUAGUUAAUUUUCAUAAACACUAUUGUUAUCUAUACGUGUACUAAAUAUAAACAAAUACUAUAUUAUACUUUAUAUAAUAAUAGAACAAUUUGUUUUAAAAUAAUUUACUUGGACUAGUCAUUAUCAACCAAAUAUUUUCUGUAACCAUACGAAAGUCUAGUUUUAAUUUAAUUAUCUAAUUAGAAUUUAUAAUUAAUUUUUAUGUACUUAAUUUGAAACUAAAUGUGCAUUUUUUUUAAUUUCUCAGAUAUAUUAUCACCUAUGAUCUGUAUUAUGUAUACUAUUAUGGUACGAAGCAUAAUGUUUUUAAUUUUUACUAUUUUACGCUUUAUUAAUAAUUUACAGUUAUUUUAACCGAGAAAACAAAUUAUUGCAGAUCACUUAGGGGACAUAAAAUUUGUUUUAAUAGUUUUAAGACAAUAUUCUGGAUUACGUAAAAUUAUUUGUAAAAACAAUAAAAAUAAUUUCAAAUAUUAUUAUGUCAACCUCGUCAUCUUCUAAAAAGUAUUUUACUGUUGGAAAGCAAUCGAACUCAUUGGAUUCCAUGAAAGUUUUCAAAAAUUCUAACUCUUUCUUAAAAGUAAAAAUUUGUUCAUGAACAAUGAAUACGUUUACUUAUUGUUUGCCACAGAGUGUGAAAUUAAGUUCAUGUUAGCUCUUUGUAAAAAUGUAAUUAAUAGACAAUUUUAAGUAGCUAAAUUAUAUCAAGGGAUCAAUAUAUUAAUUCGAAAUGAUGUUUUGAAAAAAAGUUUCAUGGAAUCCUUAAAUGAUUUGAAACACAGUUUAAGAAACACUGAACUAAUUACAUAUUAAGAACUUAAAAAUUUUGUUAAUGUUCUGUUAAAUCAUAUCAACACCAUGUGGCUUAACCUUUUACCAGCUCCACUGCACCAACUAUAAAGAAAUGUUAUAACUUUUUCAACUGAAAAUUAGCAUGGAAAUAAUCUUAAUUAGCACGAAGUUCAAAACAUGUUUUUAAAAAAUUGUAAUAUUUCAAUAUGUAACGAGACUGGUGCAAAGGUUGUCAAAACGAAAAUAUCAGUUUUACUGGUUUAGUUAGAAUUGUAAAUAUUUGGGAGAUAAUAGGGUUUAAAAUUAUCACAUAUAUCGAUAGUAAAAUAAAAUGAAUACUUCAUGUUUACUUCACAAUGUUUUUCAAAGUUUGAUAAUAAUACCAAUUUAAUUUAUACAUUAUUUAUUGAAACAUGUAUCUAUUAUAUCUGUAGUCCUAAGGAAGAAGAAUUUAAUUUUGUAUAGUUUUCAAUACAAGCAAAUUAAAUUUUGAGAAUUGAUAAAUUACAUAAUAACAUGAUUACUAAGUAACUAAAUUGCUCUAUAAUACAUAUGAUCUAUGAUUGGGUCAGCCAAAUAAAAAAGUACUUCAUAGUCGCUAGAUAUUUAAAUUUUCAGUAAGUAUAGGUUACAUGUACAACCAUGCAAUUUAGGCCAACAAAUAAAGGGGAGAAAAUCGUAUCAUAAAACACUAAAAAAAAUUUUAAAAUUGAUUUAUGUCAUUUCCUGGGAAAUGACAUUAAUAUAAUGUCAUUAUUAUUAUUAUUAUUUUUUUUUUUUUAAGGAAAUUUCAACAACAAUUACAAACAAAAUAUAUUAUAAAUGUGUACUCGUAUACCUAUUCGUUUAAGUAAUAUUAUGUUAUAAAAUAAUUCAAAUAAGAUUAUUUCUAAUUAUAUACCUAUACUUACAAUGUAGAAUUAUUGAAAAAUAUUAUUGUUAAGUAAUUGUUAUUAUCAUCAAAUAUUAUAUUACCUGAUUUUGAUUUCACAAUUUCUAAAAUAAAGGUAGAUACAUGAUAAAACGCAAUUUUAAAUACCUAUAUUGUGUAUUAAAUAUUUGUUUAAAUUAAUAAACUAAUUGCUUGUAUUAAAUGUUUUUUAUUAUUUAGCUUAUAAUAGUAUAAUAGUAUAGUAAUUAAUAUCACAAUUUAAAUUUACAAUAUUAACUAAGGAAAAUUAAGAGUAAAUGUAAACAUUUUAGUACCAAUAUAGUUUUUCUUAAAUUUGACAUUAAUUAUAUUUUUUAGCCAUCGGAAAGCCAUUAACUUCUGGUUUGAAGGAUCUUAUAAAACGCCGACCAUCUAACCCCACUCUCUUCUUAGCUGAACAUUUGACUAAUCAUUACGACGACCCGCAAUCAGACCAAGAAAGCGGAGUAAGUUUGACUAAGAUGGUAUGAUCUCAGACUAGAGAUUAUUAAAGCACCUAAUUUAUAUCUAUAUAGGUUAUUUAGGCGUAGUAAUUUGAAAAAAGUUUUUACAAGUGAGAUAAUUCAAGUGUAUAGUGAUAAUAUUGUUAUUUUAUUUUAGAGCUUUAAAAAAAAAUGUAUUAAUUAAUUUUAUCAAAAUGAACAUUUUAAUUUCACAUUUAUUAAAGAAAGAAAUACAAUAUCAAUUAGGUACAUAUCCUAUAAUUAUAUUCUACGAUAAAUAAUAUAAAACCUAAACUUUAUUUAAAAUAGGAAAUUAUAAAUCUAAUGGAAUUUACUCAUAAUAAUUCUACUAUCCUGAAUUACCGUGUCGAUACAAAUAUGUAAAAUGACUCAAAAUCUAAAUAAAAAGCGAUGCUUGGAAUUGAAGGGUUUAAACUUUAAAACUGAUUUGAUAUUGUGUUCAAGUUUUCAACUGAAAUGGUGAUAUUUCAAAAAUUAAAUGUAUUUUUUAGUAUACAAAUAAUGGAAAUUAUUAUGAAAUUUAUGUUUUUUUUUUUUUUAUAACUAUCAAAAUUUUAAAGAUAAAAUUUAAUAUUAAAAUUCAAAUUAAUCAAAAAUUUGAUAAAUACAAAUCUAUUUUAAAAAUUUGAAUAGAUCAAUCCCAAGCCUCAAAGUUUUAUCUGGUUUAUUGGUUUGAAACGUCAUAUUCGUAAAUGAAAACGUCCGUAAUGAAUAUCAGGCAGUAGUUAAGUGAAAGAGUUUCAUGAUUAAUGUAGUAAUAAAAGGUUAAACAAAUUUUCAUAUUUUAUAAAAUUAGAGCAAAUUCAGAAAACCUGCUCUAUCCUGCUUGAAAUAAUUAAAACAUUUUUUUUUUUUUUUAGUCAGUUAAUGUUAAAUGUAUUAAUCACGCGUAGUUCUGUUAUGAGUAAUUAUUUUUCAUUAAAAUAUACCGUAACUUAUAUUUUAUGUUUCGUAUACGUUUAUUACAAUAUGUUAAUUAGCAUGUUCUCAAUAUAUUGUGUUUGAUCAUAUUAUGUGUUUUGUUAUCGGUAAUAAAAAACAGUUUAAAUGUAUAAAUAAAUGUUGAUGUUCAAUAAUUUGUCUUUAUCCAGUAUAAAAUUAUAGAUACCUUUAGUCAAUUUCCAAAACCAAACUUUCAAUGAUUUAUCAUACUAUCACAUUAUCCUAUCCAUGGUUGGCCGGCAGAAUCCAUCAUUGUGGUCUUAUCGCCACUAAAUUGUCUUCAGGUAUUGCAACCCAAUGUUCAACCACAAUCUAUACCGAAUCGUGAUGAUCAACCGUUAAUUGUUUCACACUUGCCCAGACCUUGGGAUAUAUUUAAUAGCUAUCGCCCGGAAUUCAAAGCUAUUAGUCGUGUAAGUUUAAAUUUAAAAUAUAUCUAAUAUUUUUUAUUUAUCUUAUCUAUGGCUUAGGUAAUACUAUAUUGCUAGUUUAUUAUUAAUUUAGGAUGAAUUCGGAAUGAGCAUGAUACAUUCUGCUGCGUCUAGAACGCAUAACCGCAAUGCGUUCUUUCAGUUAUUACAAGAGCUUGAUGCAAACAUUGGACUACGAGAUGAACAUUAUAGGACUCCUAGAGAUAUUGCUGUUAGUUCAAAUAUUAGAGAAAAUGUGAAAACUAUCGAUAAGUUCGUGGUUCAUAUUAUAGCCAGAGGUAAGUUAACAAUUACGCUCAGAAUCUAAAAUUCGCAUCUGAAAAACAAUCGAUUUUAGAUUUUUUAAAAUACUUAUAUAAAUUCUCUAUAAUAAUGUUAAUAGAAUAAUACAUGUAUAAUUUGAGAAUAUUAAAAUUAAAAACAAAACUUAAAAAUUAAUUAAAAACGAAUAAACAUUUUGUAUUUUUAGGUGAAUAUAAUAAAGUUGUUAAUCUUUUAUUGGAAGGAUACAACCAUAUAAUAGAUUUGGACACAGAUAAAAAUAUAUUCUUGCUAUCGUCGAAUAGAGGCCAUUCUCACAUAUCAGCUAUACUACCAAGUAUUUCGACUUUUAAGGUAAAUAAACCAUUUGAAAUAUUAAACAGAUAAUUAAUACAAAAAAAAUAUAAUUAAUUUUAUUUAAGGAAACCCGAGAGAGACUUCACAGGGCAAUUCGCUUAGGAGUACAGAAUCAAGUCGAAGAAAUGCUACAAGAACGAGAUGAAGAAUGUGUAAUGUUAGCUAUAGCGAAAAACGAACGGAGUCGGUGUAGUCUGCAUAUAGCCGUGUUAAGUCAAAAUGAGGAGAUUGUACGAUUUUUAGCGGAAAAUUUCCCUGCCACAUUAGAUGUACUCGAUAACGUAAGGAAACAUACAAUUUUAGAUUCCAAGCGUAGCGAGGAAGCUAUUGGUUUUACAAUGCUGUUUAUUUCUUUCUUUCCUUUUUUUUUCUUUGUUCUAGUCUGUGGACACGUUUUUUCCUAAUAAACUUGCUCUGAUUUUUACGCGUAGCAACUUUUCUGAAAACUCAAGUUGUCUAGAUUAUACUUCAAAUAUGUAAUUUUUUUUUGAUUUUCAACGCCAUUUUUUGAGUAAAAGCACUUAAGAGAGAAAAAAACGUAGGAAAACAUACAAUUUCACGAUUUUAUUAUUUUAUAAAAACACGGACGACGUUUUCUACCAGAAAAAAUGAUUUAAUCGAAAUAUCACAAGAUCUUAUUUUUUGUUUCUUUUUAGUUUACUUUCUAACGGUAUCAUAGCCAACAUUUUUGAGCUACUUCUGAGUUUUUAAGAAAUUUUAAUUUUUGGGAGUUUUUUUGCUGUAAUUUAGUUAUAAAUACACGUAGAGACUUGAAACUUGAUAAUAAUACUUAUAUUGGACUUACCUAGACGUUGUAAAAUUUUUAAAAUCAUUAGACGACUUUUUUUUUUUAAUAAGCGUUUUGAAAUCAAAUUUAAACGAAAAUCGCAAACAAAAUUACAGCACUUCAAAUUAUGUAUUACUAAACUGCGCUCGGAAUUAUCUUACAUCAAGUAAUGGUUUAUCAUUGCUUACAGAUAUAAAUGGAAUAACCUUAUGUAUCCUACCUUCCCAACUUCUCACCUACAACAGUGAUCGCUCCCAUCUCCAAUAUCAGCUCUUUUUUUUUCUAUGAACAACUUUUCUAUCAGAAAUCUUGCUCCGAUUUUCAAUUAUAAUAUCUUUUCUGAAAGGAAAUUUUAUCUGGGUGGUACUUCAAAACGCUAUUUUUCCAAUUUUCCAAGCAGUUUGCAUAUUAAUUGGAAAAAAAGUAGGAAAAACGAGAAAAUAUACGAACGUAUAUAAAGAAACUUCGCUCCAAAUCGUUUUUCGUUAGCAAUGGUUUAUCACUGCGUUCAGAUAUAAAUUAAAUUUUCCUCUAAAAUCAUUCGUACAAGCUCUAAUAAAUACUCUUCUAUAUAAAAUACAUAACAGAUUUCUUUUGCCCUAGACUCAGCCAAAAAAUUGCAAACAUGGAAGUAUGCAAUGUCUUUGUUGCUAUAUUACAUGUGAUACAGACAGAGAAAACAAAUAUUAGUAACGAGUGAGCUUAAUGACCUUAAUUAAUGCAAAACCGUUGUAUGAUUUAUUUCAAUAAGAAGUUAUUUUUUAUUAUUUUUAGUUUUCUAUUAAAUAACAAAAUUAUCGCGAUAUAGAAUUAUCGAUUUUCAAUAAUAUAGGUUUUUGCAACAAGGUUAUUGCACCUUGGUCCAAGGCCUUAUUUUAGGUUUAAUUUUUUUGGAGUGGGAAGUGGCAGAGGUCCUUGAAUUCAGUUCCCAGUAACAGAAAAUAGCCCUAUCCACUACUGUGAGUAACAAAAAAAUACAUCCUAUUACGCACAUUUUUGCUAUUGGCCCUAUAUUUGUUUAGAAAUGUGUGUAUCAGUAUUUUACAAUCUUUUAGAUACUAUGGACCACUUGGAAAAAUGUUUGAUAGAUCGUGGACUACCUCAAUUUUAGGAAGCUCUAAUUUUUUUUUUUUUUUGCUCAAACUAAUUCUUAGAUAAAAACUUAACUUAACCUAAUAGAUUUUGAUAUUCUUUUAAAGAAUUUGUAAGGUUAAAUUUCUUUACAGAUUUUAGAAAAAAAGUACCAUUUUCCCCUCAUAAUUUAAAUUCAGCAUCUCUGACUGCCGUUUGGGAAACAGUGAAUUAAAGGUUUUAUAUAAAUUUUAUAUAAUGAGUCAAAUCUAAAAAUUAAUUUUUAGUUAUUAUAGGUACUUACAUUAACAAACUAAAUAAUUUUAUAUUAUAUUUAAAAUAAACUAUUAAUAACAGGGGAGGGUGUGCUGAACCUUCCUGUGGUCCCUUCUGUAAGUAGUGGUUUAAAAUUAUUUUAUAAUUUAUAAGAUUGCCACUAAACCAAUCAGCAUGAAACCGACUGCCAGACGUCCUUAGACCUUCUUGCAUACUCGGUGAAAAUAGCCUUUCUCAAGACUACCCUUAUAUACGCGCUCUUCACCUUAUCAACGGUAAGAUAUUAAAACCGUUUAAUAAAAAGGAUUUCAAAAACAAACACAAACGUAAUCCUCAGGGAAAGACGAGCUCCCUAAAUGAAAAAACACCUCGGAAUGCAAGAACUCGCAGAGCAAUUUAAGAAUUAUAAACUCCUUAAUAUAUAAGGUUUAACAAGUUCAAAAGCAGAAAUAAUCAGUAAAACUUUUAGUGACGACGAUGUACUAACCCUAAAGAAGAUCCAUAUCUCAGACGGAGAAACGAGGCGCCUGAUAACUCCAAAGUUUAGGCUGAUUGACUACAUUGGACACCCAAAGCAUGGUCUAGCAAUCUAUGUCAACCAAAAGGUGGAAGAACGUCUCGUCAACCCAGUUACUGGCAAUGAAAUACAGUAGGUAUCCGUGUGGACAACCUCAUAAUUUACAUUGUAUAUAAGCAUCCUUCAAUAAACUGGUCCCACUCCAUACUUCCAAUACAACAAUGCCUAACAGUAUACCUAGGAGACUUCAAUUCACACAGCACUGCCCGGAGCUAUCCAACUGAAAAUGAAGACGAAGAAUAAUUAUGUAGAUAGGCAAUACUCCAUCGUUUGCACAGACUCUACGAUACCAAACAAGGGAGCACCUUUGUGUCUGGCAGGUGAAACACGGCAACAACCCCUGACCUGUGUUUUAUAAUAAAUGAUUUCCAUGAUCAACCUCUAAGAGCUACCCCCGCUAUUCGAAAUAACUUUCCCAGAAUCCAACACAAACCAGUAGCAAUAGGUAUAGGUCUACACUUACCCAGAAUAGACAAACCUAUGAUGGCCAGAUAGAACCUACGCAAGGCAAGGUAGGUGAAUUACACAAGUUAUAUAUGGAAAAAAAUAGCCACAUCUCACUCCUCCUAAAGAACUACCCUAGGUUUAUCAAGCUAGUCAAAAAAGCAGCGAGCAAGGUCAUUCCAAAAGACCACAGGCAGAUUUAUAUCCCUUGUUGGAACAGGGAGUGCGAUUCACUACUGAAGGAAUAUAAACGUACCAGAGACGAGACCAUCGCCAUUUUCCUAAUGACUCUAUAAGACAACGAGAAGAGGAACUGGUAGAUUACGGCAAUGAACGAUUUGGAUUUUACCCACUCAAGCAGAAAGAGUAGGGCACUCUUCAGAAAGCUGGAGGCCGCUCAAACCUCAAGGAAAAGUGGUAAUGUCAUAUCAAAUGGCAUUAUAUACAAGACGUCCAAUAUUUAGCGAAACAAUGUCGAAAAAUUUGAAGUAAGGAGGAAAUCCAAAGAGACACUUAAGGAGUGUGAAAAUAGAUCAGAGCUGGUAUCAGAGUUUACUCCAGAAGAGGUCCAAGAUGCAUUAAAAUCAGUAAAAAAGAUGGGAAAGCAACAGGGAUAGAAGAAGAACUUUGGUCCCAAUUGCAUCAACUGGUUUGCGAAACUCGCACUGCAAUUGGGAGUUUAGGUAUCUAAAGUUAUUAUUAUACUAUAACCAAACAAAGAUGCUCCCAACCCUAAUAACUAUAGGCCAAUAUCCUUAUUAUCCAUAAUGUACAAACUCAACUCUUCGACAGUCAAUAAUGGAGAAGUUCCUACAUGUAAAACAAGCUGGUUGCAGACAAAACAGAAACUGUUACAAUCAAGUCCUGGCGUUUACAACGCUUGCAGAAAAUGGCUUCCAGCGAAAAGCGGAAUCGGGUACAGUUUUUCUUGACCCAUCUUCGGAAUAUGGAAUAUGCCCUGGACUAGAAGUAUUUUUCUUAAAAUGACUAAAAUCUUUAAAUCCAAAAUCACUCUACUACUCUUGGAGGAAAGGCUUUCAAAUAGCAAAUGUAGAAACAGAACUGUUUCACCAGAAAUGCUUUCCACAAGGGGCUGUUCUUUCCCCCAUGCUCUUCUACGUAUACAUAGCAGGUAUGACUGACAUAGUGUCGAAGAAAUUUGCACAUCCGAAUGAUAUAGCACUGGUUGCAUAAGCCUCAUCCUUUGAGAAAAUUGAAAGUGUUCUGAACACAAACUUGGUAAAAGUACAAAAGUAUUACCAGAAAUAGCAUCUCAAACUGAAUCCAAACAAGUCGAUUACAGCCACUUUCCACUUAAAUAAUCGGGAAACCAGUAAAGCUUUAAAUAUAAACAACAAUGACGAAAAUAUCAUCACCGAAGUAGCACCUAAAUACCUGGGGGUAAAGAUGGAUAGAAUUUUAACUUUCAGACCACACCUUGAAAGUAUGAAAAACAAACUAAAGACGUGUAAAAACAUUAUUUCCAAACUAGCUAGCACAAGACCGUCACGCAAAUAUGCUUCAUACUUCUGCCGUAGCCCUAGUGAUCAGUGUGGUAGAAUACUGCGUACCUAUGUGAGCCAGAAGUACACAUUGCAAAAUGUACAGCUGAAUGAUAACGAUAACUGAUAAUAAGGACCAUAACAGGUACUAUGAGAUUUACUUAAUUAGAGUGCAUGGUUGCCGGUCCUGUAUAACAUAGUCCCCCCAGACCUACGUAGAUAAGUUCAGAUUGAUUCGAUUAUAUCGAAAUUAAUAAACCAUCCAGAUUUACCAAUAGAAAAAAACAUUGUAAGAGACCACCUAAGAACUCAAAUCCAAAAACCCUAUAUGGAGCCAGACACUCACAAAUAAAAUGAUAGAGGAAUUGUGGGAAAACACAAAUAUCCGAAACCAUUCCCUUGUAAGUACCCCAACUAGUAGUCCAAGACUUUGACUUAAAUCGAGCACAGUUGAUGACCUUGAAUUACUGUAUAAGGGCUCCUUCACACGAAACCACUCGGCAGCACUACUUAGCAGGGCGUCAGUGGCGCUGCGAAUAUUUUUAAUAGCGCGUCAGUGGCGCUGCUAACGUGCAACAGUAGUUUUGUGAAUACGAGAACAUACUAUCUCACAGUACAGAAAACAGUCUCAAAGCAGCACUGAUGGCUAGAAGAACUUAGUGUUCUACUUCAAAAUAUCUAAUAUUUUUAGUUUGUUUUUGUUUUAUUUGAUUUUAUAUUGUCACAUAAAAUUAAACAAGUAUGUUAAUUUUGUUUUAUGUUAUUUUAUUUUCAUUUCAUAUAUUGUUAAUUUUAAUUUAUAAUUUUAUUUUGCUGAGCGUCAUAUGCAUAAAUAAAAUCGCAUAUGUUUUACAGAUUGAAAGAACGUCACUGCAUUAUGCAAUGUCUGUAGAUCAAGUGGAAGCAAUGAGUACAAUUUUAAUAGGAUGUGGUGCUAAGCGUGUAGUCAAAGACUUGGUAAAUAUUAAAUACGUUGUAAAUUUUCAAUAUCACAAGCGGUCAAAUAAGUUAAAAAUGCAUAAUAAUAUUGUGCUUGAAAUCUAUUUAAAAAAUACUAUUGUACGUGUACUUAAUAUAUUAAUAGUAUAUUUGAUUCUAUUCUCGGCAUCUUGUGGAAAUUAAUAAUUGAAUAACUAGGUUUUCUGGUGCUUAUUAAUAUUAUAAUUUGUUAUUUUAAGUUUUAAACAAAUAUUUAAUGAUAAUGGGUUCUUAUAAGUAUGCCAUUUUAUUGAAAUAAUUUAUGAUUGUACGAUUUUACUUUACUAGAAAUAAGUAUAAAUACAUUUUUCUUUUUUUACAGAAAGGCAGACAACCUAGCUAUUAUUUCAUGAAUAAGUUUGAUAUUCGAAAACUGUUGGACGAAGAGGAAGAAUUAAGGAUUUAG